CUUCCUCCGCUUGUACUCCCUCCAGGACUUUCUAUUUUUACCGACAACCAUCGCGACGCUUUCGCAACAAGCUACGACCGAGGAGAUAACUAGAUACGAGAUUUCCGAACCGAUCUGUCAUAAUAACCCGAGAUAAAUUUGCGAUGGCUUCGGUGAGACAGUUUCCCACCAUCAAAGCCAUAAGGUCGUACGUGAUUGGCGGCGUAGGUUCAGGUGGUGAUUAUCACAAUGUCAAGGGCGGCCAUUGGCUGAUCGAUACGGACAUCUCGACACCUUGCUCUAUUUGGGACAAGUAUAAGAAAUCGCGAACAAGCUGGGGUAUCAACGUCCUUGGAUCGUUCCUCAUUGAAAUCGAAGCUAGCGAUGGCACCGUGGGUUUCGCUACGGGUUUUGGCGGCCCGCCGGCUUGCUGGAUUGUCCACAAGCAUUUCGAACGAUUCCUGAUUGGAGCCGACCCUAGGAAUACCAACCUACUAUUUGAACAGAUGUACCGAGCUUCUAUGUUCUACGGCCGGAAGGGUUUACCAAUAGCCAUCAUCUCAGUCAUCGACCUAGCGCUAUGGGACUUGCUUGGUAAACUUAGGAAUGAGCCCGUAUAUAGGCUGAUUGGCGGCGCAGCCAGAGAGAGGAUAGACUUCUAUUGCACAGGACCGGAGCCGACGGCAGCUAAGGCGAUGGGGUUCUGGGGUUCCAAGGUACCCCUCCCAUUCUGCCCAGCCGAUGGUCAUGAGGGUCUUAGGAAGAACAUCGAGUAUCUCCGUAAGCACCGUGAGAGUGUAGGUCCGGACUUCCCCAUUAUGGUCGACUGUUACAUGAGCCUGAACGUGCCGUACACAAUUGAAAUCGCCAAGAAGUGUGAAGACCUCAACAUCAAUUGGUGGGAGGAGUGCUUAACACCAGAUGACACGGAUGGCUUCGAGCAAAUCAAGCGGGCUCACCCUACUCUCAAGUUUACGACAGGAGAACACGAAUAUUCGAGAUAUGGAUUCCGAAAGCUGAUCGAGGGGCGCAACCUAGACAUCAUCCAGCCUGACGUCAUGUGGCUGGGAGGUAUGACAGAACUUCUCAAGGUAUCUGCCAUGGCUGCGGCGUACGAUAUCCCCGUAGUGCCUCACGCCAGUGGGCCUUACAGCUAUCAUUUCGUCAUUUCGCAGCCCAAUACUCCUUUUCAGGAGUAUCUAGCCAAUUCGCCGGAUGGAAAGAGUGUCCUUCCGGUCUUCGGAGACCUAUUUCUUGACGAGCCUAUUCCGACCAAGGGUUACCUAACCGCUGCCGACUUAGACAAGCCCGGAUUCGGCUUGACGUUGAACCCCGCUGCGAGAUCUAAGUUGGUACCGGCUGAUUAUCUGUUGAAUCCCCCGCCAACGAGUCUCUUGCAAACUGCAACGGGGCUACCCGAUUCGACACCGGCGCAAGACGCCGAGACUAAGGCUACCGAAGAGAAGGCUAGCUUGGUAGAUCAACUGACCGAAAGCGUGAAGAAUAUAACCACAGGUGCCUAGGGAUGAGGAGAAGAAGGAGGAUAAUACUGAAUGUUUAGGACGGGAAUACCCAUGCUCGCUCACGCAAAGGUGGUCGUUGUGUUGUAAUCGCAGGAAGCACGUGAAUUGGAUUAGGAAGGUUGUGUGUGGGAAAAUAUGAAAUAAGAUGAAUGGAUGAAUAACCGGUAUCUCAUAUCCCAACAGAAAGGGAAGACCCGGGGAAGACUACCGAGAUUGGAACGGAAUCCCACGGAGAGUUAUCCGUCUGACGUAGCAGUUUGGUCGUCGACUCGCAUAGGGGACGGUUCUGCCGUGUCGGGACUUGGAAAUCUUUGUAGUAUCUCUCUACGGGGUUCAGAUGCCAAUCUUCUAUCUUGGAAAUUCUAGGUAGAUUGAUACUAUCAACAAUGCGAAAUUGAAGUAAAAUUAAUCAAGGUCAUAUAACUUGGUCGUAAAUGUAGUUGUAUUGUUUAGGUGGACGAGAGCGCUGAAGAGUUUCAAUUCACAGUUAAGAACAGCAUAGUCUGGAGGCAACCACUACACACUAUAGGAUAACUUAGGUAGCUGCC